GACAACACUGACUUUCGUUUCAGAGUGACAGAAGUCACUUUCGAUAUUAAAAGUUGGAUGUCAACAACAAAAACAAAAAGUCCACAAUGACUGCCACAGAUGCUAAAAAAGAUUAUUUGCUUGCUUUAAAAGUAAUGCGCCUUACACGUCCGACAUUGAUAAAUCCCACUGUUGUGACAUCGGAGAAAACGGAUUUGCCCAACAAUUUAUUUACAAAAAUUUUGGAGAACGACAUCACUGCAGUUAAUGGCACUGAGACAAUCGCCGCCGGACAGUUUAUGCUUCUUCCGCAGAGUUUCGGUAACAUUUACUUGGGUGAAACGUUCUCCAGCUACAUUUGUGUUCAUAAUUGCACGCCCAAUCCUGUGCAGUCGGUGUCUGUGAAAGCGGAUUUACAGUCUGAUAAGAAUCGAAUUAAUCUGCCCAUUCAUGCUAGCAAGUCUACACCGGUAACAUUGAAUCCCGACGAAACUUUAGAUGAUGUCAUUCACCACGAAGUGAAAGAAAUUGGCAUUCAUAUAUUAGUCUGUGAAGUACAUUACACCACUCCUGCUGGGUUCCAAGAAUCAUUCCGUAAAUUUUUCAAAUUCCAAGUAUUGAAACCGUUGGAUGUAAAAACUAAGUUUUAUAAUGCCGAGACCGAUGAGGUGUAUUUAGAAGCGCAAAUUCAAAACAUUACCGCUGGUCCGAUUUGCUUAGAGAGCGUUGAACUGGAGAGUUCCGAAUCCUAUACUGUGCAUUCAUUAAACACUCUACCGAAUGGAGAGUCUGUUUUCAAAUCGCGAAAUAUGCUUGAGCCGAACAACAGCUGCCAAUUUCUGUACUGUAUAAAGCCCAUUCCGAGUCUAGCCAACGAUCCGAGAGCGUUAAAGCAAGCAAAUAAUAUCGGAAAAUUAGACAUAAUUUGGAGAUCGAACUUAGGCGAAAGGGGAAGACUGCAGACAAGCCAGUUACAGCGGAGUUCAGUUGAGCAUGGUGACCUACGGUUAACAGUUAUCGAAGCGAAUAACACGGUCAAAAUAGGAGAGCCAUUCAAUUUUACGUGCCGUGUGACAAAUACUAGCGAACGUUCGAUGGAACUGCAAUUGAACCUCAGCACAAAAUCAAAGAUUGGGUGUUCGUAUACGGGAGCGACGGAGUUUAUGCUCGGAACCAUCGAGUCGGAGAAGAGCAAAGAUUUUAAACUGACCGUUUGUCCCGUUCGUCUUGGAUUGAUAACAAUUGCGCAGCUUCAGUUGACUGAUGUUUUCUUGAAGCGCACUUACGAAUUCGAUGACUUUGUGCAGGUGUUUGUGGUCGACCAGGACCGAGACGAUGAACCAUUUGAGAUGGAAAAAUUCGUGCAAUACGGAGUAGAGAAAAUGGCAUUGUCGUGAGGAGAAUUGGUUGGCAAUUGUGUUGAUUUAACGAGAAAAUAUAUUUAUUAAAGACGUAAGCAAAC